AUGCGCCUUCCAUCUCAAGAUUAUGAAACUCUUUAUCGCGACUCUAUCAAAAACUCAGAAAAAUUCUGGGAAAAACAAGCACAAAAUCUGACUUGGAUUAAACCUUUUACAAAAAUUAAAAGUAGUUCGUUCGACUUAAAAGAUUUCCAUAUCCGCUGGUUUGAAGAUGGCACGCUGAAUGCUUCUUACAACUGUUUAGAUCGCCACCUAAAAACUAUGCAAAACCAACCUGCCAUCCUUUGGGAAGGGGACAGUCCAGAAGAUUCUAAAACAAUUUCCUACAAAGAACUUCAUGAAAGUAUGUGCAAAUUUUCUCAUGCCUUAAAAACAAUGGGGGUGGAAAAAGGCGACCGCGUCACAAUUUAUCUGCCGAUGAUUCCUGAAGCAGCAAUUGCAAUGCUCGCGUGCACCAAUAUUGAAUGGAAUAAAAACCGCGACCUUUGGUACCAUGAUCUAAUGGAAAAGAGUUCUUCUACAUUUGACGCUGUAGAAAUGAGCGCUGAAGAUCCUCUAUUCAUUUUAUACACCUCUGGCUCCACAGGAAAACCAAAAGGGGUUCUUCAUACGACAGGGGGAUACCUUGUCUAUGCCUCAACAACACACAAACAUAUUUUUGAUUAUAAGCCAGGAGAAAUUUACUGGUGCACAGCAGAUGUGGGUUGGAUUACAGGUCAUACCUAUUCUAUUUAUGGCCCUCUCUGCAAUGGAGCGACCAUCGUUAUGUUUGAAGGGAGGCCUCACUAUCCAGACACGUCUCGCUUUUGGCAAAUCGUUGAUAAGCAUAAUGUAAAUAUUUUCUAUACAGCCCCAACAGCGAUUCGCACACUCAUGCGCAUAGGAGAUGAACCCGUCAAAAAAUGCUCCCGUAAAAGCCUCAGGCUUCUUGGCACUGUUGGAGAACCCAUCAAUCCAGAAGCAUGGCAUUGGUACCAUGAUGUUGUUGGAGAGGGUCUCUGCCCGAUUGUCGACACCUGGUGGCAAACAGAAACAGGUGGUAUUUUGAUGACCCCUCUCCCUGAUACGCCCAAUCCAAAACCUGGCUCUGUGAUGAAGCCUUUCUUUGGAAUUAAACCCCUUUUGAUGAAUCAAAAAGGAGAAGUCCUUGAAAAUGCUUCAGAGGGCGCCCUUGUUUUUUCUGAUUCCUGGCCGGGCAUGAUGCGCACAGUUUAUGGUGACUACCAACGCUUUAUCGAUACAUACUAACGCUACCCAGGAUAUUACUUUUCUGGAGAUGGUGCAAAACGCGAUAAAGACGGAGAUUACUGGAUUUCUGGACGUCUAGACGAUGUGAUUAAUGUUUCUGGACAUCGUAUUGGAACGGCAGAAGUCGAAAGCGCCUUGGAUGCCAAUGAAGACGUUGCUGAAGCAGCCGUUGUUGGUUUCCCUCACCCGAUUAAAGGGCAAGGCAUUUAUGCUUAUGUCACGUUAAAAUCUGGACACGAGCCUUCUGAGGCCCUAAAGACCCAACUCCGAUCUUGGGUUUCCCAAAAAAUCGGCCCUAUUGCCAAACCAGAUGUGAUUCAGUGGACACGUGAUCUCCCUAAAACACGAUCUGGAAAA